AUGGCUCAGAAAAUCUUGGAACCUUUCAGAAAGCUGCCACAUCAGUUUCAGAAUCUCGAAAUAGUCAAAAGACUGCAUGACUAUACAACGGGGAAGCAUACCGAUGGAUUCUCCUGCCACCAGACGUCUGCUUACGGAUCUUUAGAGUCACCUAGUGCCCUGGCAUUUGAUGAUAUUUUGGGUUUGUUAGCAGUUGGAACUAGCAAAGGAGUUUUAAAGAUUUAUGGCGCACCGGGUAUUGUUUUCACUGUUCAACGGGAUGGUUCCGCCAUUAAUUCUCUUUUAUUUUUGCCAGGCGAGGGUCGUAUCGUCUCCGCAACGUCUGAGGGGAUAUUGAACCUUUAUGAACUAGACUCAAAACAUGGACGAUGGACACUAAGUUGUCAUGUUGAAAUUCAGCAAAGCGUGGAACAAGACCGUGUAACUUGUAUGGGCCUUGGUCAUGGCGUGAUAUACGUUGGUUCUGCUAAUGGCACUCUGCGUCAAGUUGCAAUUAAAAGUGGACGUUUGACAUUGGGUGACGAUGCACUUACUGCCUGCACAAGUUCAAUUAUCAGUGAUAGUGUUCCUGUAGACAAACGCGAUCAAUUGGGAGUGGAUUCUCCCAUCAUUUCUCUCGAGUUACAACCUCAGGGUAAUCAUUUACUGAUAGCCUACGCUGGGGGUUGUGUAGCAGUAGCCAUACCUCAACCUAUUCCUGCAGAACCUGCCAGUGAACAAGUCCCUUCUACUAGUGGAGUCACUGCGCCUACUGCUCAAAGUGAAGUGAUCACACCAAAUGCUGAUGAUGAGCUGGCUCCAUCGCUUCCAUCUGGUUCUAAAGAAGGUACACUGGAAAAAAAAGUUGAAGCACAAGAAGAAAAACCUCAAUCUACUACUCUGAAUGAAAGUGCACCUGGAUCAACACCGUCUACUCCGGCUAAAGGGCAUACAGAGAAACGAACAACACUGAAGUUCAAGGCGCUAACACGUAGUUUAAGACCUUCUGAUUCAUCUAAAGUUGAAAAAGAAGUUGAUCCACCGCUGCCUGUCCCACCAGCACCACGUAUUAGUCAUUUACUGCUUCGUGAUCAACCAGUGGAAUGGGCUUCAUGGCGUGUCACGUCUGUAGAUUCAUUGUCAACUGAAGUUGUUGUUGCCUAUGGAGACGGAGCAUUUCAAGUUUGGCCAAUCGUUGCAGCUGUCAGUGAACAACCUAUUGAACCAAUUAUUGUGUCAAUGAUAGAUCCACCGAAUACUCCGUAUGGUCCUCUACCUUGUGGAGCAAUAAAGAAAAUACGCAUUAAUCCAGCUGUGAAUGGCAGUUUACUUACAGUAUUCUGUGGUGGUCUACCACGACCUCAAUUUGAGAAUCGAUAUGCUGUGUCAGUUUUACAAGACCAUGAACAUCAUGUUUGUUAUCAGUUUGGAUCUCGUGUUAUUGAUUUUAUUCUUAUACCAAGUGAAAAAGGAGACGACAGUGUUUCAAGUGAAGUCGCUCCAAGUGAUUAUGUCACCAAACCGUCGGCAUCAAGUCAUUCGGCUACACUACUUGUACUAACUGAACGUGAACUAGUUGCUAUUGAUCUUACACAACCGGAUUGGCCUGCUUAUGAAUCACCGUAUUUGAAUUGUAUUGAUUUUUCACCAAUCACUGCAGUUACUCAUAUUGGACAGGUCCCUGCAGCUUUAAUACAACGUUUACAUCAAGCGGCUCAAAUCAAUUCAGAUGAAAUUACGAAUUGCCCUUGGCCAGUAUGGGGUGGUAGUUCUCCAAGUGAACCGAAAAAAGAUUUAGCCCAAAAUGCUGGAAAUGAUGUUAUUGCUUUAGGUCAUGCUAAUGGUUGGGUGACUCUAUGGGCAAUAGGCAGAGGUGAUACUACAAUCCACUUAGGGACACUACCAACGUCUUCUUUAUUCAAUUUAACGGAUUUACAAAAUGGUCAGAAACUUGGAAAUUCAGUUUUAGAAGAAGAAACAUGGCCACCAUUUCGACCAGUUGGUUAUUGUUCACGAGCAGAUCGUCAAUCGCUUGAAAAUCCUGAUCCACGUUUAGCUGUUACCCAAUUGCUUAUUCUACUUGGUAGUCCUAUACGUUCAGGUGUAACUGGUUCACUAGCCUCUGCACCAGAUUCAUUGACAUUAAUUGCUGGAGGUGCUGGUGGUCAAGUCAGUGUAUGGGUUGCUGGUUCUGAAGGCUUUUUGCAUACACCUGAACUGAAUGCAUUUGAACCAGAUGUAGCCUGUGUACGUGUUAAUCUUAUCGAUCAGGCAGAAGAAAAUAAGUAUAUUUGGAAGGAUACUUCAGCUCUUCAACCUGUUGAAGGUGUUCCACACUAUUGUACACCAACUGGUUUAACCUUCCAUCCAUGUUAUCUUAUCCAAUUGAAUCCACCGAGUCAAAUUACAUCACUUGCUGUAGAGCUGUCAUGGAAUUUAUUAGCCAUCGGCUCUUCUCACGGUUUAGCUGUAAUCGAUUUAUUCAAUCGUUCCAUUGUUCAUACUCAUUUCACCUAUGAUCCAUCAGGUCCUGCGAAGAUUGUUAAUCCUGUUGCAACUGUACAAAAUGUACUCAUGGCUCGAGGAAAACAAAUUACUACAUCUAUGAGACAAUCAUUCAGACGUUUAAAACAUCUUCGAACUUCAAUGACUACUCCGGAGAAGAGUUCAAGUGAACCUGCACCAGCUGAAGGGAAACAAGAAUCUCAGCCAACAGAUGAAAAUGCUGAGGGAGCUGCUGCUCCAUCUAAAGAUGAAAGUGCGGCAAAGAGUCAGCCAGAGGAGACAACAGAGGAAAAGAAAGAAGCUCCAAAAGAAGCUGAAGCUCCAGCGACUGGAGAUGAAGCAACCACAUCUGAAGAACCUAAAGAACAAGCUCAGGAGGCAGCCGCUGAUGAUACUGUUGAGGUUGAUGCCGCACCUGAACCUAUACAACUUAGUCAUGAAGAUAUUGCCUCAUCAGCUGUCCGAUGCCUUGUAUUCGCUGAUACAUAUAUUAUGACGGCGACGGCAGCAGCAGCGGCUCCCGGAGGCGAUCGAACUCCUUCUCUUUGGAUUGGUACUAGUUCAGGUAAAGCAUUAGCCUUCAGUCUGUCUUGGAAAGGUAAUGCUGGACCGGUUACAGUCGCCUUGUGCAAAGAAUUACAAUUGCAUCAUCAUUCGCCUAUUGUAUUUUUGGAUAUAAUUGAUGCAGUGAAUCAUGGACCAAUUAUGCAUAGUCAAGCCUACAGGAAUUCUUGCAUCGAAUCAGAUGAAGGCGGUGAGAAAACGGAACCUGCACAACAAACGUCAGAAACGCCUUCUGAAGCUCAGACGGAAACAGUUAAAGACAGCACUGACACCAGUGCACCAGCUACGGUAACAACCACAACACCAGCACCAACACAAGAUAUACAUCAAUUACUUUUAUGCUCUGAGGAACAAGCGAAACUGUUCAGUCUGCCAUCAUUACGUGCUGUCUAUAAACACAAAUUUAUUGAUCGUCUUCGUAUGCUUGGUAUGUCAAUGUCAUCGGGUGCCGGUGGAACACCUAAGGCAGCACCGCCACCAGCAGCAACUGGAGCUGGAACUGAUAAGGAAGCAAACGAAGAAGUGGAUACUUCACUUGCUGUUGCAGAUAGUGAGGUUGCCUAUGUGAAUGCUAGUCAAGUGAAUCGAAAACGUGUCACUGGGUUUGGUUUACAAAGCUUCGCCUCUGGAACUGGUGAAAGUGCUAAGUUGGAGUGGAAUGCUGUAGCAACCCUACUGGACGGACAAAUCGCUAUACUGUCUCUUCCAAGUCUUCGUAAAGUAUUUAAAGAACGAUGUUUCCCAGGUUAUGUGAAUUCAGCAUUACCAUGUGUUGCAACGCGUACAUUUAAUACACAUGUCUUUUGGUCUAUUGGUUCUCAUCUCUUGGUAUCUGAACUCACACCUCUGCCUACCUUGAAUUCACUUGCUGUACCCAUCAGCGAUGUUAUUUCAGAGGAUUUUGUAGCUAUCCACCUACCUGAAUGGUGUAGACCAAAGAAAGAAGUUCCAGCUGAAAACGAAGAAACCAAAGCCUCGAGUAGUCAAGCGGGUACAGUGGAAGGGACUCAGCAGGAUUCUGGAGAUGUUGCUGCAGUGAGUGAAACAACACCAGCGGUGAAUGGAGCUACACCUGUUGUUGAAGAAGAAAUUGUCCCCAGUAGUAAGAAGAUGACGGAUACACAGUUGGAGAAUGGUCAAAAUGUUGGAGAUGUCACACUGGAUUCUAUUAAAGAAUACUUAAAUGGAUCUGAAGGAACAAUGGUAGUGAAGACAACUGAAGUGUCAAUGGAAAAGCGGACUGUUGUAGAAGGCGGGAAAAUUACAACUACUGUGCAUGAAGUGGAGACAGUCGAUGGUAAAGUGACAAAGAAUGAUGUUGUUAAAGUUGUCACUGAUGGGGAACAACCAGAAGUGAUGAGUAUUACAGGCACUGCUUAA